UACUGGGACAUAUAAUUCUAAUCAGAGUGCCCGAGUUCCGCUAUCCGGUCUCUGAAAAUCCCCAAAAUGAUUUCGUUGGUAGUGAUCAGUGGGAUUCUUUAUUUCAGUUUUUUUUUAAUAAUUGUCAUUUUUGCAUUAGAUAGGUAUACUCGCAUUCGCGAUCCGUGCGCUCAACGAUAUUUGACAUGGCAUGUUUAUGAAGCUUGUAAUAUUUAUAUUAUUUGAGCAUGCCUGUGAUUGCAUUUUCAGUGCUACAAUAGACGUAUUCGAACUUGGCUACAUGCGUACAAUCCGUGCCGCGCUGAACACGAUUGCACAGUGGCCCAACGCAACAUUUGGCAAGCCAGGCAAGUCCGACCUGCGCGUGCGCUGCCUAGAGGCGUACAAAUACGUCAUCGUCGCGGCGCAGAUCCUCGCCCACAUACCUGUGCUGCUUUAUCUGAAGAAAUAUUUCAGUACCAUCAGUUUUAUUGACCAAGGGCAGAUUUAUUGCAAUAUAUUCUUGACAGCUAUAUUCCUCCAAAGAGCGUCGCUACCAUUUCAGAAGAAAUAUCGAAAUACCGUAAAAAAGUUUUGUUUAGAGUUUCAUUUAAACCAUUAUAACUAUAAAAGUGACUUUGCCACAAAGGAAACCAAUAGAGUCAAUACACUAUGCAAGAACGUCAGCCGGAUAAGUCUGUGUCAACUGUUCUCUGGGAUACUUGCAUACAACGUCGUGCCCCUCACUAUAAAUAUAUAUUCUGGAAUGUUCUCUACACCCAUGCCAGAGAAUAAAACAUUUGUUCACUCCGUUGACUACCUAUUACCAUUCGAUGCUUACACCGACGCAAAGGGAUAUUUACUCAUAUUUUGCUUUAACUGGUUCCCUUCUUACAAUAUACCCACGGCAAUGAUAUGCUACGAUCUCUUGAUUUUCACAAUGGUCUUUCAUAUUUGGGGACACCUGAACAUACUUUUGCAUGACAUAAAAACUUUUCCAAGACCGAAAGUAGCGUGUUCUGAAGAGUCAAAGCUGAAUACAAUACUAAUAGAUAACAGAGAAAUAAAUCGUGCAUUAAAAGAUAUAAUUGAUCACCACACAGUUAUUAAGAAAUUCAUGACAGAAGUGUCCGAAACGUUCGAUGUGACAUUAUGCAGCUAUCUCGCUUUCCACCAAGUGAUGUGCUGCCUGAUGUUGUUGGAGUGUUCUUCUAUGGAACCUAAAGCACUCGGAAAAUAUGGAAUACUGGGCUCGGUUAUUUUCCAACAACUAAUUCAAACUUCGGUGGUAUUUGAAUUAAUUCACUCAAAGAGCGAAACUCUCGGAGAUCACUUAUACUCGAUACCUUGGGAAGACAUGGACACAGAUAAUAAGAAACUGUUCGUCAUGUUUCUGAACUACGUGCAGAAGCCGUUUGGUAUGAAGGCCUGUGGGAUGGUGCCUAUUGGAGUGCUCACUAUGUCUGCGAUUUUACGGACAUCCGUUUCUUAUUUCAUAAUGUUACGUACACUGAACAACGAAGAAAAGUAAAAAGAUUUCGUAAAAUGUUGAAGACCGCUUCUUCUUCGUAUUCAGCAUUUCACUAUAUUCGACCGAUUUAACCAUGGUUUAAAUAAAUGAAUGGAUUGGAAAAAAAAAACAAAUCUGGAUUUUCCUGGAUUCUUUUCCGUUUUCUUUUUACUCGUUCAAUUUCACGACUACUUAUCGAAUAGUUUUUAUUGUUAGGUCAGGUUAGGUAGUCUAUCAGAAUAGUCUGAUACGACGGGCCUCAAGGGCAACGCUGGCGUAUUGAAGCCUACA